CAACCCCCCUCCCAGACCUUGCACUCCUCCUGCACGGAGCUCCCUCCUUCACCCAAAUCCCCCCCAAUCAGUGGGGGGAAGUGACACGGAGGGGGCUGGCCCAGAUUCCACUAUAAGGCAGAGCAGAAGCGGCGCCCGCAGUUUGCCGCUGGUCCUGACAUGGCCCCUCUGCUCCUGCUCCUCUGGCUGGGCUCAGGGCUCUGUGCCCAGGAGCUGGUGCCCAGGCAGUGCUUGUUGGGCCCUGAGGUCCUGUGCAGGGAUCCAGGCCUAGCGGCUCAGUGCGGAUGGCAGCAGAAGUGCAAGUUCCUGGAGCAGCACAAGCCCCAGGGCUGGCGCAGCCGGGUGGACGCCCCUGCCUUCCAGUGUUCCCUCUGCACCAAAAUCAUGAAGACACUGGAGUCCCUGGUUGGUGACAAGCGUGACAAGGACACCAUCACCCAGGCCGAGGACCAGGUGUGCCAGAUCGUGACCUGGGUGCUGCGCGGCCUCUGCCGCUACGCCAUCAAGAUGUUCAAAUCCCAGAUCACCCAGGCGCUGGAGGACGGGAAGGGUCCCAGGGGCGUCUGCACCAGCCUGGGAAUGUGCCGAGGGCCCGCCCAAGGCGCCCUGCUACCCCCCCGCGAUGCCUGUGACCUCUGCCUGACCUUCACCAGCCUGACGCUGCUGGACCUGGAGCCCAGCCGGGACCUGGGAGACGCUCUGAACAGCACGUGCAAGCGGCACUUCGGGGGGUCCCCCGGGGUCAGUAGGACUCAGCUCGGCCCCCGGGGCCAGGGGGGGCCCAGGGCUCGUCCCCGCCAAGCGGGGCUGGGCAGCAGGCGCCGAGGCUCUCACCAGCCUGGCGCAGAU